AUAAGUAUCGAUGAACUGUGAAAUGCUCUUCAAAUGUCGUGCACGGUGCAUGCAUAUCGUUGCAUCCAUUUCCCUCUCUGCAUGCGUAGACGCUUUCCUCUCUCCCUUUCUCUCUCUCUAUCUCCGCAUCGUCUUUUCGAUUCGAUUUGAGGCGUUUUCAGCUGCAAUUGGGCGCAUGGGCUCUGUUUUCGUUUGAGGAACUUCGCAUGCGGACGUUGGAUUCGUUAGAUUCGGACGAGGAAAUCCUGAGAAUUUGAGAGAAAUGGGGUCGAAGAAAUGCAUGAAUGAGAAGUGCUGCGGAACGACGUCGUUGGAUUUGAAGAGAGGAUGGAGCUUGAAAUCCGGUGGAUUUGCUUCUCUUUGUUACAAGUGCGGAUCUGCAUAUGAGAACUCUGUUUUCUGUGAGACGUACCAUUCAGACGAAUCUGGUUGGAGGGAAUGCAAAACAUGUAGGAAGAUUCUUCACUGUGGAUGCAUUGCUUCAAAACAUUUAUUUGAAUACAUGGAUGUAGGUGGUGUUGCAUGCAUAAGUUGUGUUAAGCGUUUGGAAAUUCAGUCUCUGCAGCCAAUGCAGAUUCCAAAUAUUAUUUCAGGUGGCAAAUCUGCCAACAAAACAAGUUCUCAGGAGGCCCAGCCGAUACUGCUUGGACUUAAAGUUGACGAUGAGACACGGAAGCUUCUACAGAUGUCGAGGGCUAUAGGGAGUGUGCCUCCAGCAGUCGAACUUGAGAAAGAAGAAUCUGUGAUUAGAUAUACAGAAAACAGUAAACGCGUACAGAGUCACCCCCAAAAUGGUUCAUCGUCUGUUUUUGCCAAACCCAACUACAGCCGCCCAAAACAAGGGGUGAAAGAUAUGUAUGAAUCUCUUGCUCUUGCGUCCCUGAAGUUCUCACUGACCUCUCAUUUGGCUAGUUCAAGCAGUGUGCUGGCUAUUCCUGCUCAGGGCGCGCCUGUUCCUGGUGGGAUGGUCGAAUCAAAUGAAACGUCGAAAGGUUCUUUGCAACAUGGGCAAAAGGCGCACCAUGUCUCCCCCAAACCCCCCAAACCCAUCCCAGCAGGCUCGGAGGCGAAUAAAGGAUCAGCUUCACAGGCGCGUGUUCCUAGGCCUCCUACCGAAGGGCGGGGCAGCAAACACUUACUUCCUCGGUACUGGCCUAAGAUCACUGACCAAGAAUUGCAGCAAUUAUCGGGAGAUUUUAACUCCACUAUUGUACCAUUGUUCGAGAAGACUCUUAGUGCCAGUGAUGCUGGGCGAAUUGGUCGUCUGGUUCUUCCAAAAGCAUGUGCUGAAGCGUAUUUUCCUACUAUCAAUCAGUCGGAAGGUAUACCUAUAAGAAUUCAGGACAUAAAGGGCAAAGAGUGGACGUUUCAGUUCAGAUUUUGGCCUAAUAAUAAUAGUCGGAUGUAUGUUUUGGAGGGCGUAACCCCAUGCAUUCAAAAUAUGCAGUUACAAGCUGGUGACACAGUGAUAUUUAGUCGGAUCGAUCCCGGGAGCCAGCUCGUCAUAGGCUGUCGAAAGGCAGCUAACAACACUGAUGUGCAGGAGCCACAAGCACCACCAUCCUUGAACUGUGAUUCUCUGGGAGAGGCGUCGUCUUCUGGGGUUAAUGAUACUCAUACUUCUAACGGAGGCCAAGCAUCUGACGAUCCACAGCCGCAUCUGACCACAGCAGAGAAGAAGAAGGCUAGAAACAUUAAAAACAAGAGGCUUCACAUGAAUAACGACGAGGCAUCUGAACUUAGGGUCACUUGGGAAGAAGCUCAGGAGCUGCUUCGUCCAGCUCCGUCUUCUGAGCCAACUGUGGUCACGGUUGAUGGCUAUGAAUUCGAAGAAUUUGAGGAGCCACCUGUUUUUGGAAAGAAGACUAUUUUCAUUUCUCAACCUUCUGGUGAGCAGGAACAACUGGUUCAAUGCGACAGUUGUUCGAAAUGGCGAAGGUUGCCUGCCAAUGCACUCCUCUCUGCAAAGUGGCUGUGUUCUGAUAAUAUCUGGGACUCGAGCAGGGCCGCGUGUUCUGCUCCAGAGGAUGUAAGCCCGGGAGAUCUCGAUUCCUCUAGCCUUAACAAAGAAAACAAGAAGCAACGCUGCACGGAAAGUGCGGCGUCGAAAGGAGGGGAGCCGUCCGGGCUGGACGCUCUGGCGAACGCUGCGGUCCUCGGCGACAGCGUCGCCGACGCGGGAGAUAACUCGGCCGGGGCCACCACGAAGCACCCGCGCCACCGUCCCGGCUGCACCUGCAUCGUCUGCAUCCAGCCUCCGAGCGGGAAGGGCAAGCACGAGCCCUCGUGCAAGUGCAACGUCUGCCUGACUGUCCGUCGUCGCUUCAAGACGCUGAUGAUGCGCAAGAAGAAGAAGCAGUCGGACCGCGAGGAGAAGGAGAAGGAGGACAGCAGGGCCGCGAAGGAAGACAUCGCAGGGAUGGCGCUCCUUGACAUGAACAACCCGGGAAAGGAGACGGGCGGCGGUGGCGGCAACGGGGAUCAAACUGCGGAGACGAGCAGGGGAGGGGGACUGGACUUGAACUGUGACCCCCGCCGGGAGGACGAGAUCCUCGCGGAAUCCUCGGCUGCUUUCUCGCCGGUGGACGUGUUCGCGGGCCAGAACGGAGAGUGAAGACCGGAGAAGUUGUUUGUUUGUGUGUGUUUUCGUUGAAACUAUAGAGAGGUUUUCUCAAGAGUUCCUACAGUUGCCUUAGAUUAUAGAGUCCAUUUGUCUUGUUAAACUAUGUCAAUAUAUAUAGACAUAUAUUUUAUAUUUUAGUAUUUCAUCUUAGUUUGUGUUGGUGGAAACAUGAAUUGUGUGUUUAUACUUGGAGAAAAAUCCCCCCACAGUAGCAAUAUAUAUCAAGAAAAGGUUUUGUUUCUCUUUUCUUA